GUGUUCCAGGUUCAAUCCUUAGUACUGCCAAAAAGGAAACAAAAAACCUCAACCCAAUAACGUGUACCAAGCCCUGCUAUUCCCGUGGGCUAUGUGGGCUGUGAUCCCCUCUUACUUGUAUAAUUCCCUGGUCCCUCUCUUCAAACCUGAAAAUUACAUGUUCUUGUUUCUGAGCUGGGAUUUGUAUGCUUAAAAUACCUAAAAUCAUGUCACCCAGCAUUUUAUGCACUCGGAGUAUCACGGGAAAUUUCACCUUCUGUUCAUCCUGACAUCUUGAUUUCCCUCUGCAGUUCAAACCAGUACCCUUCUCCCUCUUUCUGCCUUCUUGUCCCCUCCUUGAACUUCCUCCACUUCUGUGUCAGGCUUUCAGGGAACCCUCAAAAGGUGCUGGUCUCAGUGGCGCCCACCGCCCUGCCUGGCUGGCUGACUUCACUGGGCCAGGGGUGCGGGGCUGGGCACACGGCAGGUCCCAUCCUGAGCAUUCACGCUCCACCCUGGGCUGUGUGGGGGACAGCAGGCCCCCUGGGGUGGCUGGGUGGAGCGAGGACAAGUUUCAGAGGAAGGACUUGCGACUACCAGCAGCUCUGUUCUCGAGCAAGACAGCCCACGAGGGCCAAGGUUGGGUCCUGUCCCACUCCUGUUGUCUGGGAUGUGAGAGAUCUGGGGGUGCUGCAGGCCCCCCUAGGCUGGCUUUGUCCCCACAGACCCCUGUCCAAGCACAGCAUCGGUUUAGGGCACAGGGGCAGCAGGCUGGGCUGUGAGAAAGGCCCAUGGCAGUGAAGAGUCCCCUGCUGCCUCCUCUCCUCCCCACUCUGCUGUUUUUCUGCUCUGUGUCCACGACGCGUGCGUACGCUCGGGUGUGAAUACGAGCGUCUGAGCGUGUGUGACAGUGGGUUCCCAGGGUGACCGCGCUUCCUGCAGGUUCUCAUAGCCAUGCGCACCAGCAGGAGCUGUUCAUCCAUUCUCCGGGCGGCCGGGUGUCGGCAGAGCUGCAGGAGCACCGUGGGCUUCCCGGCCUGCAGGGGCCUCACUUCGGGGGAUGGGUCCGGGAAGGCCUCACCAAAGGGCGGACUUCCAGACAAGACCUGCGGGGGCCGGGAAGAUGGCAUUUGUCGCAGAGGAAGCAGCACACAAGCAGGCCCCGAGGAGCGGCCCUGGGUCCUGGCGGGGAGGGAAGAGCGAGUGUGGCAGAGGAGGCAAAGCACACGGGGCUGUGGGACUCCCGAGGCUGCAGGGCCAGGGGUGGGGACUCCCUCCCAGCACAGGAGGGUUGUGACCAGGUUUCCAAAGCUCCCUGUGGCUGACAGCCCCGAGGAAGGGCAAGCUGGGCAUGGGGACCGAGGUCAGUGCGGCCCAGGGUGCGUGGGUAAGGUGCCCAAACCAACCUUCACACUCUAGCAUGACAGAGGUGGGGGAAGCAGGGAGGCCUCCUUGGAGGAAAUGGCAUCGGGCUGCACCUAAGGCGUGGCAGGCAGCGGGGAGCCUGCGUGCUGGGCCGGGAGGAGAGCGGGGCAGAGGCUGGGCAGCAUGGGAGGGAGGGUCAUCUCGUGCCAGAGGAUGGGCAGUGGCUCCUCACAGUCACUCCCCCUGCAGGCUAGGCCAGCACCAGGACUGGGUCUCUGGUAGGGUGGGGGCUCCCGAUGCUCUGCCAAAGCCUGGAACCGGAGGGUGGCCACUUCCCCAACUGCUGUGCAUCUGGGUAGAGUGACAGGAAGUGCAGGCCCAGGGUGGCUGGAAAGGACUCGGGUGACUGGGGAGGAGGAGCCUGAGCUGGGGCCCCAGGAGGCAGGGUGGGGCCUCCUCAAGGCGGCUCCUGGGGACUCCCGGGAUCACAGGCCACAGCCAGACACCGGGAGCCUGGAGGAAGUGAGAGGUGACGUCCUGGAGCACCCAUUGCCAUGGCCCUGGCCCAGCAGCUGCGGGCAGAGAGUGACUUUGAACAGCUUCCGGAUGACGUGGCCGUAUCAGCCAACAUCGCCGACAUCGAGGAGAAGAGGGGCUUCACCAGCCACUUUGUUUUUGUCAUCGAGGUGAAGACAAAAGGAGGAUCCAAGUACCUCAUCUACCGCCGCUACCGCCAGUUCUACGCCCUGCAGAGCAAGCUGGAGGAGCGCUACGGGCCAGAGAACAAGAGCAGCCCGACCACCUGCCGCCUGCCCCCGCUCCCAGCCAAAGUCUACAUGGGCGUGAAGCAGGAGAUAGCGGAGAUGCGGAUCCCGGCCCUCAAUGCCUACAUGAAGAGCCUCCUCAGUCUGCCGGUCUGGGUGCUGAUGGACGCCGAUGUCAGGAUCUUCUUUUACCAGUCGCGCUAUGAUGCGGAACAGGUGCCGCAGGCCCUCCGCCGGCUCCGCCCUCGCACCCGGAAAGUACAGGAGAAUUGGGAAGCUGACCGGUCCCUCCUCCCUGUCCACAGCAAGAACGUGUCCCCACAAGGUACCGGCUUGGACCACCUGGCGGCCCCACGUGCAGAGGCCCUGUUCGAUUUCACGGGGAACAGCAAGCUGGAGCUGAAUUUCAAGGCUGGAGAUGUGAUCACCCUUCUCAGUCGGAUCAACAAAGACUGGCUGGAGGGAACUGCCAAGGGAGUGACGGGCAUCUUCCCAGUCUCCUUUGUGAAGAUCCUCAAGGACUUUCCUGAGGAGGACGACCCCACCAACUGGCUGCGCUGCUACUACUAUGAAGACAGGAUCAGCACCAUCAAGGACAUCGCGGUGGAGGAGGACCUCAACAGCACUCCACUGUUCAAAGACCUGCUGGAGCUUAUGAGGAGGGAGUUCCAGAGGGAAGACAUCGCCCUCAAUUACCGGGACGCUCGGGGGGACCUGGUGCGGCUGCUAUCAGACGAGGAUGUGGGGCUCAUGGUGAGGCAGGCACAAGGCAUUCCCACCCAGAAGCGCCUCUUCUCCUGGAAGCUGCACGUCACCCAGCAGGACAACUACAGUGUCUACAACACGAUGCCCCGAUCCACUUGGAGAUGAGAACCUUCUGGAAAGAUGGGAAGGACUAAGAAGACCUCCAGGUUCAGAGGCUGUGAACCCCCCCUGGGCUUGAUAGUGUGUUGUCAGUGUCUACACUUAACUCUGGAUUAAAUAAACCUUUUCAUCUCAC